AUUUUGGGACUCUCCAGAACCAAGGUUGAAGCAAACAACACCGUCAUUCGUUCAGUCUACUGCAACACUUCGACCCCGACGCAUCCGUGCGGCUCGAAUUCACAAACAUCCAUCUACCACUCUUAGGGAAGCUGACAGAUUGCAAAUUUUGUUUUCGCACUUCCCUCAGAACAUUCAUACUAACCAUUUUACUUUUCAGGAAAUCCCAAGCACGAAAAUGCACAGUGUCUAUCAACUUCACGAAGCCGUAGAAGCGCUGGACGAGGCUCUGAUUGGCUAUCUGAUCGACGGUGGUGCCAACGUUAACGCGCGAAAUCUCGACGAGGAAAGUCCCCUUCACGUGCUCAUAAGUAGGGACUGGAACCACGCGUUUGUGCCAUUUACCGACGGUGAGAAGCAGUGUUGCACAAGAAUCGCCGAAAUGUUGAUUCGAGCUGGGGCCGAUGUCAACAAACAGAGAAUUGUCGAUCUUGGCUGCGAUCUAGGAUCGUGCGUUACGAUCCUAUACGAAGCAGCGUAUUUUAACAAUCAGACGAUGAUGAAGGUUCUGAUAAAUAACGGAGCAGACGUCCGCGCCAUCACGUCGAGAGGAUUUACUGUGCUGCACAAGGUAUUGGAAAUGAAGGACUGGGACAUCGGUAUCGUCGAAACUUUGCUGAAACAGGGCUGUGACGUCAAUGCAACAUAUCCUGGAAGAAUAUAUGGACAUCGCGGCGGCACCGCUCUGCAUCUGGCUCUCGAACACGAUAACUGCACCGUAGAACUGGUCAAGUUGCUGCUCGAUUUCGGAGUCGACGUGAACAGGAAAAAUGGCCGAGGUAUGACAGCAAGUAAAAAUUACCUUCUCAAUGCCCUAGAACUUGACCUAAACAUUUGGCGUCUUCGUGGUAUCAAUCCUGCCUUGUUGAGGUUAGUUCGACCAAGCGAAGAAGACGUCGGUCCGCUGCACCAGGCUUGCAUAUUCAACGAUUCCAGCUACGUUCACGAACUGGCGACGCAGCCUAAUGUUGAUAUCAACGCUGUAGACGCUCUGGGCCAUACACCGCUGUUCUACGCCGUGAUGACGCAGAGCGAUUCGGUGCAGGACCAACUGUCGAAGGACUCGGCACUAUCUUCGACAUUGCAAUCAGACUACGGUGCAGAGCACGCGAAAUCUACAAGACUCUCGUGCAGCACGCAGCCAUACUAGUUGAGACUAAUCCCGGCGGCGAGAUGAUGGCGCUGAGCCAGUUGAACCUCAGAGCCCUCUACAACUACAAGCCGCUCGAAAGGACGAGACUGAUCGGCAAAAUCGACACUGACAACUGCCCAUUCAACUACGUAUCAUGUGUCCAAGAAUUGAGAGAGAUGAAGAGAAAUAAAAUCGGUGGCACUGAGACUAGCUUCUUCGAUCUGCUGAUCGCCGACGAGAAGCAAUCGAUAGUUUACGCCAAGAACAGUCAAAUCUGCAAUGCUUACGAGAGUAUCUUCGAGGAAGGAGCGUUUCCGAUCUACCAGGAAUGGUUUCAAGACACAAACUUUGGAAAGGCUUUCAAACGUCAGAUAUUACUCGGAGAUGCCGCUGAGGCACUAUGUCAUAUUCUGGAUUACCCCGAUCCCUUCGACGAAUUUGUUCAGUUGACGCUAGAUAUGUUAAACAAUGAAGAUCUAAAAACUCUAAACUUAUACUUUGAGGAAUCAUCAGAGGGUUUCAAAGACUUUGAGGAAUCAUCAGUGAGUUUCAAAGACUUUGAGGAAUCAUCAGAGAGUUUCGAAGACUUUGACGAAUUAUCAAUGAGUUUCGAAGACUUUGAGCAAUCAUCAGUUAGCAUCGAAGACUCGUUGAAUACGAGUUUUGAUUCUGGCGUGUUCGAAAGAUUAUCAAACUCCAAUUGAAAACAAAUUAUUGACGAGUGUGUUUCUAGUUCAUUAGAUUAGUUAUUGUAAAAAUGUAAAAAAUGUAAAAAUGUAAAAAUGAAUUGCAAAAAAAAUUAAUUGUACAACAUAAAAAAAAUGAAUUGUAUGUUAAAAAAAACUAUUGACAAUGUAAUUGUAUGUAAUGUUGUAUUAAAUGUAACAUUUAAGCGCUAUAUCCAUCUGGAAUGGAAAACUAGUUUGUAAGAACAGAAUUAUAUAUGAAAAAAACUACUUAAUAAAAAA